AUGCCCAACAAAGCACAAGAGGAUGCUGUAAUCAACCUGAAGACGUUGCAGGAGAUUUCUAGGCAGCUUGGUUUUGAGUGGACAGUCCUGGCGUAUGAGCUUGGCUUCAACAGAACUGAGAUAGGACGCUUCCACACCAAAUCCACUGAAAAGAGUGUCCAGGCCAAGACCAUGUUGGAAAACUGGUAUGAGAGGUCAUGGGACAAGCCCAAUAAGACCAAGCUGCUGCAAGAUGGACUGGAGCGAGCAGGCAGGCGGGACCUGGCUGAGAGGCUGCGCUGCCUCCACUGGGGCCACCAGAAGCUGAGCCGCAGGGUGGAGCUGCCUUCUGCCUUCCCCUUCCUCAUCACAGUCCACAAGACCAUCCACAACCAAGACGGGCUUCGCAGGAUCAAUGAACUCAACCGUAGAUACUAGAUGCACCUGAAGCUUUGGCUACAUUCAUGUUACUCGACCAUGUACGUAGGCUGCACUGCACACUGAAUGUAAUCUGACAUACUGGAUGUCACUGAAGAAACAAAUGAGAGGAAUGGGACAUAUAGUUAUAUCCAGUAUACACUGUAGUUGUGCCACGUUUAAUGUCUUGUAAGACAUUAAAGCUUCACAAUAAAGAUGGAAAGCAAGUUUGCAAGACCCACAUUGAAUUCCAGUUCCAUUAAAAUGAAAA